AUGUCGAAGAGCAUCAGCAUCACUGUGAUCGUGCUGGCCCUCCUGCUCUUCAUGACGGAGGCCGCCCGGCCGGAGCCUGCAGACUCCAGAGCAGCCCACCAGCCGCUGGUUCGUUCUCCCUCUCUCAUCUCUCACCAACCCGGGCCUUCUGUCGAAUCCACGGGUUAGCAAAGGAUUCUCAGGCCUCUGAUCUUCGCCGCCACGGCAAUUACUUGAUUUUCUGUAGGUCGCCGCAGAGGAGCAGUCGGAUGCCGAGGUUGAGGACUGCGGUGAUGAAUGCUUGAUGAGGAGGACCCUUGCAGCUCACCUCGACUACAUCUACACCCAAGGGAAGAAGCACUGA